AUGGCGGUGCGGCCGGAGCUCCGACCCGAGGUGCAGGACACCUGUAUCUCGCUCCUGCUAUUGCUGCUGCUGGUAGUGUCCAUGGGACUGGCCCGCGUGCUCGCCCGGCGGCAGCUGCACAGCCCCAGGGUGCAUGCCUUCGUCCUGGAGUUUCUGGCCACCUUUCAGCUCUGCUGCUGCACGCACGAGUUACAGCUCCUGAGCGAGCAGGACCCCGCGCACCCCACCUGGCCGCUGGCCCUGGUCUACUUUUUCUCAUUAGUGCAUGGUCUGACUUUGGUGGGAACCGCCAGCAAUCCGUGCGGCGUGAUGAUGCAGAUGAUGUUGGGGGACAUGUCCCCCGAGUUGGGUGCAAUGAGUCUACUGGCCCAGCUGAUGAGUGCCCUGUGCAGCAGGUACUGCAUAGGCGCCCUGUGGAGCCUGGGUCUAACCAAGUAUCACGUCAGCGAGAGGACCUUCGCUUGCAGGAAUCCCAUCCACGUCGACUUGCCCAAAGCGGUCAUCAUAGAGACCCUCUGCUCCUUCGUCUUCCACAGCGCCUUACUGCACUCCCAGGAAAUCCGAGCAAAGCUUCGCAUCCACCUGCUAUCAGCCCUCAUCACCUUUUUGGUCUAUGCAGGAGGAGGCCUAACAGGAGCUGUGUUUAAUCCAGCUUUGGCGCUUUCACUACAUUUCAAGUGUUUUGAUGAAGCAUUCCCUCAGUUUUUUAUAGUAUAUUUUCUGGCUCCUUCUUUAGGUAUAUUGUUGAUGGCUUUGAUGUUCAAUUUUUUCCUUCCCUGGCUGCACGGCAAUCAUAUAAUUAAUAAAAGAGAAUAA